GGUGUUGCAACGUUAUGCGCAGCUUCGAACCAUGCUGUGAACCGUCUUCAUUGUUCAGUCUAACACGAACCUGGUUCUAGUAAAAGUUUCUUGAGCAGGCGUUUGUUCUACGUUUACGGUUUUCAACAUGGGCGGCAAUCGGCACACUAUUGGUACCGGUAGGCCUUCCGACUGCUGCGCCAAGCUCGCCCAAGUGUACCCAAUCAUAUCACAUCUUGUCAGAAUUGCUGCGAGCAUAGGACUUUAAAGCGUGGAUACAGACUUGGAAAAGAACUUACGGACGAAUUUACAUUCCCAACAUGAUCAGGGACACCUUUGUAUACCAGUCUAUACGUAUGUUGUGCGCUACUCCGGACUUUGGAGCCGAACUCCUCACUCCUUUGGACCUAAGCGCCUUGUUAUAUGCAUUCGAUAUCUCUAUCACCAAGAAGCAGUCUCGGUUCCAGUAUUUUGUUGUAUAAACAGACAAGAGUAGGCGUAGUAAGGAGACUCAUUGCGAUGAGCAAGACCACUAAGUGGAAUGUGGCAAUUGUUUUGCUUGCAAAGAUAGAAGAGUUGCAACGAG